AACUGCGGCAGUAGUGCCCGCAGCAGUAGCAGCAGCACCAGCAGCCUUUCCGUCUUGCCACCGCCCAGUACUGCCAGUCCGCCGCAUUCUUUCAACUUGAACAUCAAUCCAGACAGCCAUACUACAGACCGGUCGGCGGACUCUGAGACGCACUGCGGCUUCGCGAACGGCAGUGAGGAGCACCUCCAGGACUCAUCCUCCUCGGCCGCCAACGCCGCUUACAUGCAUAAUUCUACACUGGAGGUUGAAGGAACCAUGCCAUACUCCUCUGUCGGCUAUUCAAAGGUUAUGUUUUGGCAUUAUCUGUAG